UCAUCCAGGCCGCCUCCCUCUUUCUUUUGAGAGGCUUCUUAAGGAAGAAGGGCGUGCUGAUAUCGUCAGCCUCCCUCCCGGGACCAUUAGGACGCGGGCUCGCGACGCAAUGUCCCAAUCACGCCUCGCAGCCUGCAGCACGUCUUCCCGAGAGUCGCGGGCCAGGAAGGUGGUGCCACCGCGCGACCGUGACGUCAGGCACACGCCGGCGACGAUUGGCCGAGAGCAUGUGGCGCGGACGGGCGCUCGUGCGGAUGGUUGGACGGGCGGCCGGGGGGCGGGCCCAGGGGACGGGGCUCGCCGCGGUCCACGCUCAAGUGUGGAGCGCUCCCCAGCCCGCCUGCGUCUCGCGCCGGACGUGCGGUAUUGUAGGACAGAUCAGACAUUUUGUCACAAUGCCUGAAAUAAAUACCAACCAUCUUGAUGAGCAACAAGUUCAACUUCUGGCAGAGAUGUGUAUACUUAUUGAUGAAAAUGACAAUAAAAUUGGGGCUGACACCAAGAAGAAUUGUCAUCUAAAUGAAAACAUUGACAAAGGAUUAUUACAUCGAGCUUUUAGCGUCUUUUUAUUUAACACUGAAAAUAAGCUUUUGCUACAGCAGAGAUCAGAUGCUAAAAUUACCUUUCCAGGUUGUUUUACCAACAGUUGCUGUAGUCAUCCAUUAAGUAAUCCAGGCGAGCUUGAAGAAAACAAUGCCAUUGGCAUAAGACGAGCAGCACAGAGGCGUUUAAAAGCUGAACUGGGAAUACCCUUGGAAGAGCCUCCAGAGUGCUGGGAUUAUAGAAGCAAACCAUCAUACUUGGCUCUGGCCCUGGUUCAUCCAGAUGACAUGAAGUACUUAACGCGAAUUUACUAUAAGGCACAAUCAGAUGGUAUCUGGGGUGAACAUGAAAUUGAUUAUAUUUUAUUUUUGAGGAAGAAUGUAACCUUGAAUCCAGAUCCCAAUGAGAUCAAAAGCUAUUGUUAUGUGUCAAAGGAAGAACUGAAAGAAAUUAUGAAAAAAGCAGCCAAUGGUGAAAUUAAGUUAACUCCAUGGUUUAAAAUUAUUGUAGAUACUUUUCUCUUUAAAUGGUGGGAUAACUUGAACCAUUUAAAUCAGUUUGUUGACCAUGAGAAAAUACAUAGGAUGUGAGUGCAUAAGUGAAUGAUUACUGAACAAUUUCUUUACCUAGUAAGAAUGGGAGAAUGGGAUUUUUUUUUUUUUUUUAAAUUGGGCUCCCUCUUAUGAUACAGAUACUUUUCAGUGAGAAUUUGUGUGGGUGAGAAAAGAAAACAACUGACUUACAAUUUUGUACUAACUCUUACAUGUGCUCUGCUGUUUGUACAACAUUUAUGCGAGGCUAUUGUAAAAUGGAUACAGCAAAUAAAACAAUUUAAACAGUAGAAAAUUAA